GCCCCUAGCCCGCCGGGGUCGCCCCUAGCCCGCCGGGCUGUCCCGGCGCCGCGCCGCAGCGAUGCCCCGCUAUUGCGCAGCGAUUUGCUGUAAGAACCGCCGGGGGCGAAACAGUAAAGACCGGAAGCUGAGUUUUUACCCGUUUCCUCUACAUGACAAAGAAAGACUUGAAAAAUGGUUAAAGAACAUGAAACGAGAUUCAUGGGUUCCCAGUAAAUACCAAUUCCUGUGUAGUGACCAUUUUACUCCUGAUUCUCUUGACAUCAGAUGGGGUAUUCGAUAUUUGAAACAUACUGCAAUUCCAACAAUAUUUUCUUUACCUGAAGACAAUCAGGAAAAAGACCCUUCCAAAAAAAAAUCUCCAAGGAAAAAAUUAGAAGAUGAAAAACAAGUGUGCAUAAAAGCCAAGUCAGAAGAAUUAUUUGUAUCAAAUGAGCCAAAGAAAAAUACAGUUAUCACAGAUGUCCUCCCUGAACAUGCAGAAUUACUUAAUUCAUCUUUCUUGGUGAAGCCAUCAGCUCCAAAAACAGGAGGUAUACAAAAUAGCAUUUUAACUCUUAAUCCAGUUAAACAUGAUACCAGAAAACCAGAAUCAACCUUGGAAACAUCAGUUAACCAAAGCAUAUGUAAAAGUGAUUUUCACACAUCUCUUGAGAUUCCAAAAUCUACAACUGUUACUUUGACAACUUCAAAUUCAGAAGGUACUCAACAGUCUUUGGAAACCCAUGAAGUGCUUGAAAUAACUACCAAUCAUCAUGCUCAUCCAAACUUUAUAAAUAAUUCCAUGGAAAUUAAGUCAGCACAGGAAAACCCAUACUUAUUCAGCACAAUUGCUCAAACAGUUGAAGAAAUAAACACAAAUAAAGAAUCUGUUAUUGCCAUUUUUGUACCCGCAGAAAAUUCCAAACCUACAGUUAAUUCGUUCCUACCUGCUCAAAAAGAAACUGUGGAAAUGGAAGAUACAGACAAUGAAGACUCCUCGUACAAGGAUAUGGACUACGAGACAGAAGUUUUACAAAUUGAACAUUCUUACUGCAGACAAGACAUUAAUAAGGAACAUCUUUGGCAGAAAGUCUCUAAAUUACAUUCAAAGGUAACUCUUCUUGAGCUACAAGAGCAACAAACUCUAGGAAGGCUGAAGUCUUUAGAAGCUCUAAUAAGGCAGCUAAAACAGGAAAACUGGCUAUCUGAAGAGAAUGUCAAGAUUGUAGAAAAUCACUUCACAACAUAUGAAGUUACUAUGAUAUAAUAAAAUUUUAAAUCUAUGACUUUAUGUAAGCUUUUUGCAGCAAAACCAAAUUAUGUGUAAUGUGAACUUUUUCCUGUAUAAAGUGUUCAUCUUAGUGAAA